AUGUACACCGUCGAGAAGAAGAGCAGACAGAAGGCUCCCCUGCACCCCGCCCCUCUCCCACAGGAGACAUCAAAGACGGCAACAACGGCGGCCAGAAUUUUCUCUCGUUUGGAUAGUGUCGAGGAGGUGCAACGCGGUCGCAGUGGCAGCGCUGUGGGAAUAACGCCGCCGGGCGGACCAGGUGCGGCAGGAGGAGCGGCCGGCGGAGCAGGAUCAGGAUCAGGAGCGGUGGCAGCGACAGCGGUGGCAGUGGGUUCACCGGCCAGAAGUGGCCACCACCAGCAGCAACAAUUCGGUGUGGGACCAGGAACAGGAGCGGCGGCCAUUAGGCAGCGUAGCGCCAGCACAGUGCUCGAUAUUGGAUUGCAGCAGCGCAAGGUAUCCGUUGGCGGAGGAGUGGGAGUGGUAGGAGGAACAGGAGCAGCAGGAGCAGGGCCACCAUCGCCAGGCAUUCUCCACAAACGCACCGGAUUCAAUGGGUUCGGUGGGUACGAGGCCCCAGUGAUUCCCAACCGACAGGACAUCCUUAAUGGCCCGGGUGUGGGAGUGGGCGGCACAGCCUCCAGCUUUCUGGGACAGCAGCAGCAGCAGCGUCAGCAGGAGGAUCAGUACCCACGGGAGCCACCCUCGGGGAGACAGCAGGUGGCUCUGCACCCAGCAUCGCAGGUAGCGCACCCCUGCCCGUGCCGGGACCAAAGCGACAGGGCAGCUUCUCGAAUGUCUUCUCCAAGCUAA